UUAUUUUCGUUUCGCACGUGCAAAAACUUUUAUCAAAAUUUUGAUUCAAACUCGAAAAUUUUAUCAAAAUCUUCUCACUUUUGAGUUUUUUAGAUAUGUCAAAGUAUUCUGUGUGGUAGAAACUCAUCCUAGAAUCCUAGUAUCUGAAUACCUCAACAUGGAAACUUCCAAUGAAUUGCAGUUCCACAAGAUGGGCUUGGAUGAUCGCAUUAUUAAAGCGAUUGCCAAAUUAGGAUGGGAAAAUCCUACAGCUAUUCAAGAAAAAGCCAUACCUUUGUUAUUGGAAGGCAAAGGUGUAUUGAUGAGAGGACGGACCGGAUCUGGAAAAACUGGAGCUUUUGCCAUUCCGGUAAUCCAAAAAGUACUAUUGUCUAAUGCGACGAACGGUAAAAAAGGCACCAGAGCCAUGAUUUUAGCACCCAGCAAAGAACUUUGCAAUCAGAUUUUUUCAAAUAUCAAAGAGUUGACUUGUAAAUGUUCCGAUGAAGUAUCAUGUGUUGAUAUAUCAGCUCCGGUCGAUCUCAGUGUUCAAAAACCCUUACUAGUAGAUCAGCCCAAUAUAAUUGUCGCCACACCAUCCAGAGCUGUAUUACACCUAGAAGCUCACAAUUUAUCCGUAAAAAACACGCUUGAAAUGUUGAUCAUCGAUGAAGCCGAUCUUAUGUUUUCUGUUGGCCACGAGAACGUCGUUGAUAAAGUUUUAAGUCAUCUGCCUAAAGUUUAUCAAGCAGUAUUGGCCAGCGCCACGUUGACAGAAGACGUAGUUUCUUUGAAAAAAUCUGUAUUACGUCACGCAGUGAUAUUAAAACUAGAGGAACCGAAUUUAGCACCUCUCACGCAGCUCACUCAUUUCUACGUGAAUGCCGAAGAGGAAGAAAAAGCUGUAAUAUUGUAUACUCUUCUGAAACUAUCUCUUCUAACUGGCAAAAGUAUAAUAUUCGUAAAUACGGUUGAUCGAUGCUAUAAACUGAAACUAUUUCUGGAACAGUUUGGAAUAUCGACUUGUGUAUUAAAUUCGGAAUUACCUGCUGCCUCGAGAUGCCAUUCAGUUUCCCAGUUCAACGACGAUGUUUAUAAGAUUAUUAUUGCUUCAGAUGAAAAAGCUUUAGAAGAAGAUUUUGGACAAUCAGUUAAUAAAACUGGCAAAAGGAAAAGAGAUAAAGAAUCAGGAGUUGCUCGAGGCAUAGAUUUUCAAUUCGUUUCCAACGUAGUUAAUUUUGAUUUUCCUUUAGACGCCUUUUCAUACGUUCAUAGAGCCGGUCGAACUGCCAGAGGAACGAAUAAAGGUAUUGUGCUUUCUUUCGUCAGCGUUAGAGAACAAUACCAAAAAGCUGACGUAGAAGAUUAUCUAAAAGAAUGCUUACGAGAAGAUUGUGAUAUUUUCCAAAAAUUCAAGUUCAGUUUGCAAGAAGUGGAUGGAUUCCGGUAUCGAGCUAAAGAUGCUUGGAAAGCUGUCACCAGAAUCGCUGUUCGAGAAGCUCGCUUGAAAGAAAUCAAACAGGAAAUCUUGAAUUCUAAAAAGUUAAAGAGAUACUUCGACGAAAAUCCCAGAGAUUUUCAGACACUGAGACACGACAAAGCUCUGCAUACUGUAAAAUUACAAGACCAUUUGACCGAUGUUCCAGAUUACAUAGUGCCACCGAGUUUAAAAAAUAUCGUCUCUAUCGUUAAUGAUUCGAAAAAGAAACCCGAAAAAGUGAAGUUUAAAACGGGCAGAAACAAAGCAUUCAAUAAAUACGUGGCAAAAAAGAAGAAUCCGUUAUUGAGUAUGGAGUUCAGUGGACUAGAAAGUAUUGAAGAUAAUGCUAAUGCAUAAAUGUGAAUUUUUAUUAAAUAUAUUUAAACGUUUGUUUUUUUA